AUGCAUGCUGUCCUGAUCUCGAUUGUGGCACUGUCACUGCAGACUCUUGCCCUGCCGGUGGAUGGUCCAGGUCCUGCGCAGACGGGCGUCGUGCACCUCCCACUCACAGCCACUCCCCUCCACUCAACGGGCCGAUUCAAGAAACGAUUUCGCUUCUCCGUGCCGACGGUCAACGACGUGCUCUACACUGUCUCCGUGGCCGUCGGUACGCCGGGCACGCACCUCAGACUCGCAUUCAGCCUCACCUCACCCUCCACAUGGAUCAAUCCCAACUGCAGCAACGUCGACCAACUCGAACACCGGAAGCUAUGCCGGACGAGCGGCUACUUCUAUCAGCAGAUGAGCAAGACUUUCUACGGCACGGAUAAGACGAGGCACGACUUCGGAAUGGGCCCUGGCGAGUUGCAGAUGGCGCUUGACAGCGUUACUUUGGGCUUCGAGCGACAAUUGAUCGGCGUGGGAAGCAACACCACUCAUGUCGCACUUGGGGUGCUUGGUACCGCGAUGGGGCCCUCGUCUGCGGGCGAGGACAAUGUGUCGAUCGUGGAGACUCUUCGCAGGCAAGGCGUUACCAAAAGAAGCGCUUUCAGCCUAGACAUCAGAGGCACCGACAACGAUGGAGGCUCAGUUCUCUUUGGCGGCAUUGACACCCAGAAGUUCUCGGGCCCUCUUGUGGAGCGCCAGAUGGCCUUGCAUCCGAUCAUGCAGGCUAGUCUGAAGUCACCGGGUGAAGCCCUCGAUGACAGGAGGAUAUCUGGCGCUGAGCCGUCCACCGUCGUCGUUAGCUUUGACAAGCUUGUUAUAACAGCAGCAGACGGGACCAUUCUCCCAGCGACGGAAGGAAAGCAGCUAUUAGCCAGUCUCGACAGCAGCUAUACCAUAUCCUACCUACCAGCGCCCGUGGCCGAGCGCAUCACCGCAAGAUUUCCUUCCGCCCAGCGACACGAGUCUGCGGCGAGGGACGGUUCAGUCUACUAUACCGUAGACUGCGACACCGCGCAGUUGAAGGGAUCCCUGGACUUUGUCCUCGGAGACACCACCAUCAAGCUGCCGUUCGAAGACCUGGUCGGAUCCAAAGUCAACAGCGAGAGCUGCUUCUUGGGUGUGGCGUCUCAACCGACCGACUUGGGAAACCAGGCCAUCCUGGGCGCCAACUUCCUGAAGCGCGUUUACGCCGUGUUUGACUGGCAGGACUACAAAGUCUACCUUGCAAACGCUGAAGACUGCGGGUCCAACGUUCGGACGCUCGAUCAAUCGACCUCUAUCGGGACUUUGGUUGGGGAAUGCGGCGACCGCCGCCUCGAACUGCGUCACGCGGUUUGA